CGAUUUAUGUAAUAAAUUAUUUUAUGACGACGAGUUUCCAUGAUUUUCAUUUUGUCACCCUUUGGUGAGCCUCACAUUUUGUUAAGUCAGUGACCCGUAUGUAGCCUCUCUACUUUCCUUUGAUUUCAUUGGCUAAGAGAUAGCGUCCUUUCUGUAUUAGCCUAAGCCUGGAGGAGAACAAUUAUUUUUCUGAAUUUUUAGCCAGUUUUUUAGUUACUUUGAUACAAGUUUUCGUUACGUCGUUUAAGCGUUUGAUAUCUGGAACAAUUGUGUGAAGAUCGGUGGUUUUUGAGAGCUAUUUUCCAGAGCAUAAUGGGUCCCAAAAAGAAGUACCCUCCUUCAGCAACAGUUGGACAGAGACCAACUAAGAAACAGCGGACAUCUGACAGUGCAGUGACAAAUGACUCUAGUGUAAUUCAAAGUCUGACGCAGUCCAUUACAGCAAACAUUUUGUCAGAACUCAAGAAAGUUGGAGUCCUACCUACUGUUGGACCGCAAGAGGCUAUCACGACACAAGUGCCACAUUCACUGCAAGACUCCAAUUCAGCUAGAGCAACCUCAGAAGAAAAUGUGAGUGAACCUAUAGCAGCUCAGCAGGGAACCGCUUACACAGUACCAUCAUCCCCAUCAUCAACCCCACAGUCAACUUCAGCUCAUGGUGUGACAGCACAAAACACAGCAGUGAAUGGAGCACCAAUUGAACAGCAGCUACCAGCAGCUACUUUUGUGAAUCUUGCACAGCAAUUACAGGGUAAUGUCGAAAGUACGUCUGAGUACAAACCUCUUGGUAGACCCCUUUACACGUAUGUCUCUAGCAAAAUCAAAGACAAGAUAUUGGCAAAUGAAUUUGUACAGAUGGGUGACAUUUUAGACCCCCCUACUGAUCUGGAAUUUGUCGAUUUCCACCUGUCAGUUAAAGAUAAAGGUAGAGUUGGAUUAAGCUCUAAUAAAAGAAAAAAAUUUAUAACCAUUGAAGAAUGGACUGAUGCAUUCAACAUCUUCAGUUCAGUGGUAAGGCAAGGCAAUCCCAAUGAUAAAGACCUCCCAGAAUCUUUGGCAGUGUAUAUGCACUUAAUUCGCUCAAUACAUAAAGAUGGGGGGGACUGGUUUCAUUAUGAUAUCACAUUUAGAAAGGCCAGGCAAGGGGAUAUCUCAUUAUCAUGGAGACAUGUUGAUCAGGUUUUGUAUAGUCGGGCUUUAAUGAAAAAGUUGGGGGCACCUGUAACGCAUACUGCUAAGAACCAGCUUUUUCGUCCCCACUGCUUCAAAUUUAAUGAAGGAAAGUCAUGCACAGGCCUCUGUAAAUACCCUCACAUCUGUUCUACCUGUUUUAAACCCCACCCCAAAACCCAGUGUUGGAGAAAUAGAGAAAAAAGGUCUGCACCUGCUACACAGUCAACUGGGUCCCAGCUUGCAAAGAAAGCCUGAAUACUCCGGCAAAUUACCAACUCCUAUUAACCCUGACAAAUUAGCUCAAUAUUUGGUAGGUUAUGAUGAAUCUAAGACAUUGUAUUUAUUAGAUGGUUUUAGAAAUGGCUUCAGGUUAGAAUAUGAAGGGGACAGGGGGUUUCAGUUCAGUUCCAAUCUUAAAUCAGCACUUGAGAAAAAAGAAAUUGUAAGUCAAAAAAUUUCUAAAGAGCUCAGUGCAGGUCGCAUUGCAGGACCUUUUUCAAAGCCUCCAUUUAACUCGUUGAAGAUUUCUCCACUAGGUAUAGUGCCUAAGAAAACCCCAAAUCAAUAUCGAAUGAUUCAUCACUUAUCUUACCCUACCAAAAUGGAAGGUUCAGUCAACGCGGGUAUAUCUGACGAGGCAGCUGCUGUUCAGUAUGCAGGUAUAAAUGAUGCUGUAGGGUGUAUUAAACAACUUGGGGAAACUUCAUUCUGUUGCAAAACAGACAUUCGAUCAGCAUUUAGAAUACUGCCUGUAUCACCAAUGGAUUAUGAGCUAUUGGGUUUUAUGUGGGAGGACAAAUAUUUCUACGAUAAGUGUUUGCCAAUGGGUUGCAGAACAAGUUGUAAAAUUUUCGAGCAGUUUAGUACUGCCAUUGAGUGGAUCGCUAAGACAAGGUUAGGAAUCACAGCUGUAGUUCAUAUACUGGAUGAUUUUCUUUUUAUUGAGCAAUCCAAAGUUUUAUGUUUACAAAAAUUUAAAAAUUUCCUUGAGCUUUGUGUGGACAUUGGAAUUCCCCUCGCAGCAGAAAAAACUGUUCUUCCUACACAGAUUAUUGAAUUUGUGGGAAUAGAGAUAGAUGUUAGGUUAAGGGAAACCCGCUUGCCCAGAGAUAAGAUUUUAAAAUGUACAUAUUUGCUUCAAAAUUUUCUUCAAAAAGACAGAUGUACUGUGAAAGAGAUGCAAUCACUUAUUGGGGUUUUGAAUUUCGCUUGUUCAGUUAUUUUGCCAGGUCGUGCAUUUCUCCGACAUUGUAUAAAUGUGCUGAUGAAAGUCUCUGAAAAUCAAAGUUUUAUAACCAUUGAUCAGGAAUGUAAACAGGAUAUGUUCUUGUGGUUGACAUUUCUUGAAAAGUAUAAUGGCAAGACUAUGUUUUUAGACGAGAAAUUUCUGUCUAGCAAUAUCCUCCAGUUGUAUACAGAUGCUGCACAGUCAAAAGGCUUUGCAGGAAUCUAUAAAACCCAAUGGUUUUAUGGUAGUUUUCCUGAAAACUGGAAGAGCUUAAAUAUUAUGACUUUAGAGUUUUACCCGAUAGUCCUCGCAGUUGCUAUUUGGGGAAGAUUGUUUGCUAAUCACUCCAUUCUAUUCUUUACUGACAACGAAGCAUUAGUUUCUGUUAUCAAUAAGCUAACUAGCAAAGAUUCAUUAGUGCUACAGAUGGUUAGGUAUAUGGUCAUGCAAUGCCUGGAGCAUAAUAUUAUAUUUAAAGCAAAACAUAUACCUGGUAAACACAAUAAGUUGGCAGAUAGCCUCUCUCGAUUACAGGUUCAAGAAUUCAGGAAGUUAGCACCGGAUGCACAAGCAGAACCAACCAUGGUGCCAGCAGCGUUGAUGCCUCAGAACUUCUGGACAACAUUGCAAAGCUUACAACUGCAGCUAUAGCACCCUCAACAACAGCUACAUACAACAGAGCUUGGCGGGUUUUCACAUCUUUCUGCAUUUCAUACAAUAUACCAUGUGUACUGCCUUUGACUUCAUCCAUAGUUGCUCUUUUUGUAGCACAUCUAUUUUCUGCAUCAUUUUCACCAAAAUCCAUCUCUACUUAUCUAUCAGCACUAGGGUAUGUGCAUAAAAUUUUGAAUUAUCAGGAUCCUACACAAGCUUUUUUAAUACAAAAAUUAAUUGCUGGAGCUUAUCGUUUGGGCAACACAUUUGACAUUAGAUUACCAAUUACAAACCAUAUUUUAGACCAAUUGGUAUCAUGUCUACCACAAGUGGUUUCAGAAGAAAACAAUCAGAAAAUGUUUCGAGCUUUAUUUCUAUUUGCUUUUUCGGCAUUCGCACGCAUUGGAGAAUUAGUCGGCUCUGAGGGUCAUUAUGAAGAAGUCAUCCAGCUUUCAGAUGUCACUUUUACAUGUAAAGCAGGAAAGGCUUAUCAGGUCAAUGUUUGUUUUAAAACUUUUAAGCACAAUUCUUCUGGUGUACCUAAGUUUAUUUCAUUCUCACAUGGAGAUUGCAAAAUUUCUGCAGUAGAAGCACUUUUACAGUACUUAAAUAUAAGAAAGAAUAUUACUGGUCCUUUGUUUCUCUUAGACAACAGCUUACCUCUAACUAGGGUCAAGUUUAACCAUACACUUAAAAAAUGUUUGCUCUUGUGUGGUUUAGAUAGUUCAAAAUAUAAGGGACACAGCUUCAGAAUAGGUGCUGCUACGGCAGCUGCUUUUAAGGGAUGUACUGAUACACAAAUAAGGUCUAUGGGACGCUGGCAAUCCAAUGCAUUUCAAAAGUAUAUAAGAUCAAAUCAUGUGCCCACAAGUGAGUAAACAAAUCCAUUAGUUUUUUAACCUAUCUUUGGUCUUGGCUUUCAACUUAUGUUUAUAGAAUACCUGCUUGGGCCGGUAUUCAGUUUGUUGGUAUAAACAUUUUAACUUAGCUUUAAUAACCAUGUUUUAUAAAAUGUUAUUAUGGUCUACCAACUGAUUUACAAUAUGUUUUGGAAUACCUGCUAGGGCUGGUAUUCAAUUGAGGCGACAGAAACAUGUAUCGAUACCCCCUUGCUUGGCCAAAUAGAAUUACUUUUAUUUCAUAGGUACCUGCUGGGGCUGGUAUCAUAUACGAUAUGUAUACAUUUUUUAUCUGUGAUGUUAUAGUACUUGUGCCAGUAGUCUGGGUAUAUCCGAAGUGUUACCUGCUUGGGCCGGUAACAUGUUUGAUGUACAUGUAUAGACAUUUUCAACAAAGCAAGAGUACUUGUUGGGGCCAGUGCUCAUCUGUCAUUUUAUUUAGAUCUCACGUACUAAGAAAUUGUUAUUUGAAAUUUUAGUACGAAGAUUAUUUUCUUUGAUUGUCUUGUUUAUGGCAUAAUGCAUAUAUGCGUAUAGUCUUAAUCAUAGAUGUUAAUUUCUCUUCUUAAAAACACUUACAAAAUGAUGUACAUGCAGUGGCUCGGUUGGGGUCGUUUCAAAGAUCAUCAUGAGCAUGAUCUUCUCAACUGGUGGAUGAUUGACCCCACCUUUGCCAAGGUUAGAAGAUUUAAGACAAAAAUUACAUUGUAUACUCUCUGUAUUUACCUGUUAAAUUCUUGUUUUGAUUUUGUAUGAAGAAAACUGUAUAUACAUGUUUUUACAAUAGUUUUUUGGCAAACAGUAGUUAAUAUAGAGUUUGUGUUCUGUUAUUAUUAUACUUGUAUGUAAGAAAUAUUUUAUAUGUGUAAAGAACAAUUGUCCAUAUUUGUUGGAAACCUUUGAUGCUUAUAUUAACUACAUUUUUGUUGAUUGAUCAAAAUCUUUAUUUUGAUCAAUAAAAUACAACUUCAAUAUACACAUGUGUUUUGUC